AUGGAUCAUUUGGAUAAUGAUAGUGAAGCCACCUUAACCGGCGACGAAGGCGAACAUUGCGGUGCAACGAGCAGUAAGAAGAACUGCAACGAUUUCUCGUUAACUGAGGAAGUUUAUAAAGAAAGGAAGCGAGAUUUGAUGCGCCAGUUGAAACUGCUGAAACAGGGUAAGCACCCGAAAUACCUCGCACGUGAACGUGCCCUGAAGAAGGAGCUGGAGCAACGGCUAUUGGAGAACGAGCUGGAGCGCAAGCGCCUGCUCGAGUUGUCCGAACGAGAAUAUCAACGUGAGAUCCGGGAAGCUGAAGAAGAGUUCGAAAGGGAAAGAAUUGCGCUGCUAAACAAGCUGGAGGCGGAAGCGCUGAAAGAGCGGGAACUUUGUUAUCAAGAGUUCAUCCGCGGGAAUCUGAGUGUGAUGUCCACCCCGACUCGUUCGUGCAUCGUAACCCGCUCCAAGGAGAACAAAUCGGAACCGAAGAAAGAGUCAACUCCACGACUGGUGUACCUUCUCGAGCCGGACCAGAUUAAGCAGGACCUGAUGGAGAUUUCUGGAAGCGAAUCAUCACCAAAACGCAACACUGAUGAACAAGUGGUAAUGGUGAACGGAAAUGAAACUACGAUGACAUUUAAUGGGCAUUUGUUCCAUUGCGGUGAUUCUAUAACAAUCAUGGGACUUCAGAUGAAUCCAAUUUCAGGUGCAAUUUCCCGUCUUUCCCAGGAAAGCCUGUAUUUUAAAUAUGAUAACCUGGACAGUGAGCAGUGUUUUCCGCUUUCGGACUUUCGUCAUGGCGGAAUCAAAAUUGUUCCACGUGAGGACUGGUAA